AUGGCUGAUGGCAAAGAAAAAGAUAGGAAGCGUCAGAAUGAUACCUUAUUUGAUAUUGAUUUUCUGAGUGACUCUCAUAACGAUUAUAGUUCAUACACAGGCAAUAAUAAUCCAGACAAUAGUGAUGUCUUUGGGCAUACCAAUAGCACACAACAUAAUAGUCAAGAAGACAGCCAAGAGUUUUAUAUAGGACCAACCUAUUUGUCCGAAGGUGGAAAUAGCAAUGAUAGAAUACCAAAUUACGAUGAUAGCAUUGAAAAUGAUAUAGAUAAUCCAUUUGACAAUGUUGAUUCAGUUGUUUGGAAUGGCACAACAGAUAAUGAUAGAUCGGCCAGUUAUCAUGCUGAACCUAUUGCAACUCGACCUGCUCGCAGUUUUCUUAGUAAAACAAUAGAUACAGUUAAGAAUGCAUUUACUUUCCGUAAGAAGACUGAAAAUACUUAUGAUUCAUAUGAAAUGAGCCAUUAUAAUGCAGUUACAACUACUGAAGUAGAAGAUAACUAUGUUAAUUCAAGGGAUAGGUUUAAUAUUAAAAUUCUUUUUAAUCGUUACAUUCUGAGAAGAGGAACUAUUCAUAGCGAUAAUUUAGGGCAACCAAGGGUUAUAUAUGUCAACGAUAAACAAGAAAAUCAUCAGCUAGGAUAUGUUGAUAAUCAUAUUUCAACUACCAAAUACAAUGUUGCAACAUUUUUGCCAAAAUUUCUGUUUCAAGAAUUCUCUAAAUAUGCCAAUCUCUUCUUCCUUUGUACAUCUGCGAUUCAACAAGUACCUCAUGUAUCACCUACUAACAGGUAUACAACUAUAGGUACUUUAAUGGUUGUGUUAAUUGUGUCUGCCAUGAAAGAAAUUGUAGAGGAUAUUAAAAGAGCCACAUCUGAUAAAGAACUAAAUAAUUCAAAAACAGAGGUUUAUUCAUUAACAUCUGGUGGAUUUGUUGAGAAAAGAUGGAUUGACAUAAAUGUGGGCGAUAUUAUUAGAGUAAAAUCCGAGGAGGCCAUUCCUGCCGAUCUUAUUGUUUUAUCGUCUUCCGAACCUGAGGGUCUUUGCUAUAUAGAAACUGCAAAUCUUGAUGGUGAAACAAAUCUAAAAGUGAAACAAGCUAGGCAGGAGACUUGUAAGUUUAUUGAUUCUAGAAUACUCAAUAGUCUUCAUGGUAAAGUUUUAUCAGAACAGCCAAAUUCCAGUUUAUAUACAUAUGAAGGUACUUUAACAUUAAAUGGACAAGAUGUGCCUUUAUCUCCAGAGCAAAUGAUUUUGAGAGGUGCAACUCUAAGAAAUACUGGUUGGAUCUUUGGUUUAGUAAUAUUCACUGGGCAUGAAACCAAAUUAAUGCGUAAUGCUACUGCUACACCAAUUAAAAGAACAGCAGUGGAAAGGAUCAUUAAUAAACAAAUCAUAGCCUUAUUUUGUGUCUUGAUAGUUCUUAUUAUGAUUUCCUCUAUUGGUAACGUUAUCAUGAGUACAGCUGAUGCCAAACAUCUUUCUUAUUUGUAUUUAGAGGGUACAAAUAAAGCAGCUUUAUUUUUUAAAGAUUUUUUGACUUAUUGGAUUUUGUUUUCAAAUUUGGUGCCCAUUUCCUUAUUUGUCACUGUGGAAUUGAUAAAAUAUUAUCAAGCUUAUAUGAUUGGUUCCGAUAUAGCGCUUUAUUAUGAAGAUACAGACACACCAACAAUUGUGAGAACUUCGUCACUGGUAGAAGAAUUAGGUCAAAUUGAAUAUAUAUUCAGUGAUAAGACGGGUACUUUGACAAGAAAUAUUAUGGAGUUUAAGUCUUGUUCGAUUGCUGGACGUUGUUAUAUUGAAAAAAUCCCAGAAGAUAAACAAGUAACUAUAGAAGAUGGUAUUGAGGUUGGUUAUAGAAGUUUUGAUGAUAUGAACAAUCGAUUGCAGAAUACCGAGGAUGCUGAAUCUAAGGUUAUUGAUGAAUUUUUAACUCUUUUGGCUACUUGUCAUACUGUUAUUCCAGAAUUUCAACCAGACGGUGCCAUUAAGUAUCAGGCAGCAUCACCAGAUGAAGGAGCCUUAGUACAAGGAAGUGCAGAUCUUGGGUACAAAUUUAUUAUUAGAAAACCAAAUUCAAUAACAAUUUUGCUCGAAGAGAAAGGUGAAGAACGUGAAUACGAAUUGUUAAAUAUAUGUGAAUUCAACUCCACAAGGAAAAGAAUGAGUGCAAUUUUCAGGAUGCCUGAUGGCUCUAUCAAGUUAUUUUGUAAAGGAGCGGAUACUGUUAUAUUAGAAAGAUUAGAUCCAGAAACAAAUAUUUACGUUGAUGCAACAAUGAGACAUCUUGAGGAUUAUGCUUCUGAAGGUUUAAGAACAUUAUGUCUAGCUACAAGAACUAUCCCGGAAGAAGAAUAUCAAGAAUGGAAAGUAAUAAAUGAUAAGGCAUCUACUACACUUGAAAACAGAAGCCAAAAAAUGGAUGAUGCGGCAGAACUUAUUGAAAAGAAUCUAUUUUUAAUUGGGGCUACAGCUAUUGAGGAUAAAUUACAAGAUGGUGUUCCUGAAACUAUUGAUACAUUACAAAAAGCUGGUAUUAAAAUAUGGGUCCUUACUGGUGAUAGACAAGAAACAGCAAUCAAUAUUGGUAUGAGUUGUAAAUUAUUAGCUGAAGAUAUGAAUCUUCUUAUUAUUAAUGAAGAAACUAAAGAGGAUACUAGAAAAAAUAUGAUCGAAAAAAUUGAAGCUCUACAUGAUGAAAAAGUCACUAUUCAUGAUUUAAAUACAUUAGCUUUAGUUAUCGAUGGUAAAUCUUUAGGAUAUGCAUUAGAACCGGAUUUAGAAGAUUAUUUAUUGACGAUUGGUAAGCUAUGUAAGGCUGUUAUUUGUUGUCGUGUUUCCCCUUUACAAAAAGCAUUAGUGGUGAAAAUGGUAAAGAGAAAAACUGCAUCUUUGUUAUUGGCUGUUGGUGAUGGUGCUAAUGAUGUUAGUAUGAUACAGGCAGCUCAUGUUGGUGUUGGUAUUAGUGGUAUGGAAGGUAUGCAGGCAGCUAGAUCUGCUGAUUUAGCUAUUGGUCAGUUCAAAUACUUGAAGAAACUUUUAUUGGUUCAUGGAUUAUGGUCGUAUCAGAGAAUCUCGGUAGCUAUUUUGUAUUCUUUCUAUAAGAAUACAGCACUAUACAUGACACAGUUUUGGUAUGUGUUUGCUAAUGGGUUUUCAGGACAAUCAAUUAUGGAGUCAUGGGCGUUAAGUUUUUACAACGUCUUUUUUACAGUCCUACCACCUUUUAUUCUCGGCGUUUUUGAUCAAUUUGUUAGUAGUAGAUUAUUAGAACGCUAUCCACAAUUGUACAAACUUGGUCAAAAAGGAAAGUUUUUCUCUGUUCAAAUAUUUUGGAGUUGGAUUGUUAAUGGGUUUUAUCAUUCAGCAGUAGUAUUUAUUGGUACUAUGUUAUUUUAUAGAUAUGGUACGUCUCUAAAUAUGCGCGGUGCGGUGGCAGAUCAUUGGACAUGGGGUGUAUGUAUUUAUUCAGUAAGCAUUGUUAUUGUGCUAGGUAAGGCUGCUUUAGUAACUAAUAUGUGGACAAAGUUUACUCUGAUAGCAAUUCCUGGGUCAUUCAUAUUUUGGCUAAUAUUUUUCCCAAUAUACGGUUCAAUAUUCCCCUAUGCCAAUAUAUCAAGAGAAUAUUUUGGUGUAGUGCCACAUGUUUAUGGUUCAGGUGUUUUUUGGUUAACUUUAUUAGUUUUACCAUUCUUCGCUUUGAUUAGGGAUUUUGUUUGGAAAUACUAUAAGAGAAUGUAUGAACCUGAAAGUUAUCAUCUAGUUCAGGAAAUGCAAAAAUACAAUAUUACAGAUAAUAAACCAUAUAUACAACAUUUUCAAGAUGCUAUACGGAAAGUAAGACAAGUUCAAAGAAUGAAAAAACAAAGAGGGUUUGCAUUUUCUCAAGCUGAAGAAGGUGGCCAAGAAAAAAUUAUUAGGAUGUAUGAUACAACUCAGAAGAGAGGUGUUUAUGGUGAACUCCAUGAUGCCUCGCUUAAUCCAUUUAAUGAUGUAUUAGCUGUUUUCAAAAAUAUUCCACAAACUGAACAAAAAGUUAAUAAAGAUAUAAAAGUAAAGGAAAAUCCAUUUGAUGAUAGCAAUCAGAUAGUUUCAUUAAUUGAAUCAAAUAAUGGUAAUAGUAAAAGUGAUGACUUAAAUCGUAUAAAAAUAGGCGAUGAAAUAGACAGUUCUUUUGAUUUAUGA